CUGGCCACCAUAUAAAAACCUACAUCAUUAUUCCAAUAGCAAAAAAUUGGAGAAACCAAAACCAACCCACCUCUGAAUUUCUCCCAUUUUUAAUAUCUUCCUCAUCAUCAACAAUAAUGGGAAAUGAAGCAAAACGAGGAGGAAACAAAGCUGCUAUAUUUAUCUAUGUGUGUGAAGGGCUGGAGAAUAUGGCAUUUGUGUCGGUGGCGUUGAGCCUUGUGACGUAUUUCAGUGGAUAUAUGAACUUCAGCUUGACAAAAUCAGUGACCACUCUCACUAACUUUAUGGGAACAACGUUUCUUCUUACACUACUCGGGGGUUUCAUUUCCGAAACUUAUCUCUCAAGAUUCAAGACUUGCCUUCUCUUUGCUUUCUUUGAGCUCAUGGGAUACUGUCUGCUAACCGUGCAGGCACAUUUCCCGCACCUAAGGCCGGCACCUUGCAAAGAGGCACCAGCAGGGAGCGAGUGCGAGGCGGCAGGGAGCAGUCAGGAGGCGUUUCUUUACACGGGAUUAUACCUGAUAGCCCUGGGAACGAGUGGCGUGAAAGCAGCGCUGCCAGCAUUGGGGGCAGAUCAAUUCGAUGACAAAGAUCCAAGCGAGGCGGGGAAAGUUUCGAGCUUUUUCAACUGGUUCCUGUUCAGCCUAACAAUAGGGUCAAUUGUGGGAUUGACAUUGAUAGUGUGGAUAAACACAGAGGUAGGUUGGGACUGGGCGUUUGUGGUUUGCAGCAUUUCAGUUCUUGCCGCCAUUUUUGUUGUGUUUUUAGGCAAGUCCUUUUAUCGCCACAAUGUGCCUCAAGGAAGCCCCAUUCUUAGAUUUCUACAGGUCUUUGUUGCUUCAAUCCGAAACAGGAAGCUUCCACUUCCAGUGAAUGCUAAUGAACUACAUGAGAUUCGUGACAAAGAAGCUGCAAUCCCAUAUGAAAUACUCGAGAAAACUGAUCAAUUCAGAUUCUUAGACAGAGCAGCCAUUAUAAGGAAUGAUACAAUUGCAUCAAUAUCAACAAAUCAGCAAGGACCAUGGAGACUCUGCACAGUGACACAGGUUGAGGAAACAAAGAUCCUAAUUAGAAUGCUCCCAAUUAUACUCAGCACCAUCUUCAUGGCCACCUGCAUGGCUCAACUUCAAACAUUCUCCAUUCAACAAAGUAUAACCAUGGAUUCCCAGUUCCUGGGAUUCAAAAUUCCGGGCCCCUCCAUCCCCGUCAUUCCCUUGCUUUUCAUGUUCUUCUUUAUCCCCUUUUAUGAGCGUGUUUUCGUUCCUCUCGCUCGUAAAAUUACCGGGAUUCCAACAGGAAUUCGUCACCUCCAGAGAAUUGGCAUUGGACUCGUACUCACUGCCGCAUCGAUGGCCAUUGCUGGGUUUGUUGAGACUCGACGCAAAAACGUUGCAAUCAAACACAAUAUGGUGGAUAGUACAGAGCCACUGCCGAUCAGCGUUUUCUGGUUGGGAUUUCAGUUCUGCGUAUUUGGAAUGGGCGAUAUAUUCACUCUUGUAGGACUGCUGGAAUUCUUUUAUGCAGAGAGCUCAGCAGGGAUGAAAUCGUUGAGCACAGCUAUUGCUUGGUGUGCGAUUGCAUUCGGGUAUUUCACGAGUACGGUGGUGGUUACAGUGGUGAACAAGGCGAGUGGAGGGUGGCUGGCAAGCAACAAUCUCAACAAAGACAAGUUGGACUAUUUCUACUGGUUAUUGUCAGUGUUGAGUGUGUUGAAUUUUGGGUUUUAUUUGGUUUGUGCUUCCUGGUAUAGGUAUAAGAAUGUGGAGAUCCAUCAAAACGAUGCUCUGGAAGAAAAGGUUGACAUGGCAAGGGAGGCAUAGGUACAUGUUUGAUUGCUGUUAAGGUCUAAAUAUAAUAUUUCCUGGUAAAUUGUUUCAUCAGUCCUUGUAAUAUGCUCCUUGUCAUGGUGUGUUCGUAUAUAUUCUUUAUAAAAAAGAAUACUUCACAGCAAUAAAAAAAAAAAAAAUCAACUAA